UCAGCCCAGGUGACCCUGGGACUUUGCUCUCCCCCGGAAUGAGCGGGCCCCGUGCACCUGCCCGUCCACAGAGCCUGUCAUGGGGCGCUCAGCUGUCCUGCUCGCGGGGGCUCUGGCCACCCUCCUGGCUGCCGGGGCCGCGGUGCCAGGGCCCAGGCAGGGCUCCCGGCGCAAGCUGCUCCUUGUGUCCUUCGAUGGCUUCCGCUGGAACUACGACCAGGACGUGAACACCCCCCACCUGGACGCCAUGGCUCGAGAAGGGGUGAAAGCUCGCUACAUGACGCCUGCCUUCGUCACCAUGACCAGCCCCUGCCACUUCACCCUGGUCACCGGCAAAUACAUCGAGAACCACGGGGUGGUCCACAACAUGUACUACAACACGACCAGCAGGGUGAAGCUGCCCUACCACGCCACGCUGGGCAUCACGGAAUGGUGGGACAACGGCAGCGUGCCCAUCUGGAUCACGGCCCAGAGGCAGGGCCUAAGGACCGGCUCCUUCUUCUACCCCGGGGGGAACGUCACCUACCAGGGGGCGGCCGUGACACUGAGCCGGAAGGAAGGCGUCCUGCACAACUACAAAAACGAGACGGAGUGGAGGGCGAACGUCGACACGGUGAUGCAGUGGCUCACCAAGGAGGACCUGGACCUGGUCACACUCUACUUUGGGGAGCCAGACUCCACGGGCCACAAGUACGGCCCCGAGUCCCAGCAGAGGAAGCAGGUGGUGGAGCAGGUGGACAGGACCGUGGGCUACCUCCGAGAGAGCAUCAGGCGCAACCACCUCUCAAGUGUCCUCAACCUGAUAGUCACGUCCGACCACGGCAUGACGACCGUCAACAAGAAAGCCAGUGACCUGAUCGAGUUCCGCAAGUUCCCCAAAUUCACCUUCCGGGACAUCGAGUUUGAGCUCCUGGACUACGGGCCAAAUGGGAUGCUGGUCCCCAAAGCAGGGAUGCUGGAGAAGGUGUACAGCGCCCUCAAGCACGCCCACCCCAGACUCCACGUCUACAAGAAGGAGUCGUUUCCUGCGUCCUUCCACUAUGCCAACAACCCCAGGGUCACGCCCUUGCUGAUGUACAGCGACCCCAGCUAUGUCAUCCACGGGAGAAUUAACGUCCAGUUCAACAAUGGGGAGCAUGGCUUCGACAACAGACACAUGGACAUGAAGACCAUCUUCCGGGCCGUGGGCCCCAGCUUCAAGACGGGCCUGGAGGUGGAGCCCUUUGAGAGCGUCCACGUGUACGAGCUCAUGUGCCACCUGCUGGGCAUCGUGCCCGAGCCCAACGAUGGGCACCUCAGCACCCUGCUGCCCAUGCUGCACUCAGGAUCCACUCCCCUGCCCAGCAAAGGAUCCACCCCCCUGCCCACUGGAGGAUCCGCUCUCCUACCCAGCAGCCAGCCCCUCUUGGUGAUGGGACUGCUGGGGGCUGUGAUUCUUCUGGCCAAGGUCGCAUAA